AUGCAGCGGUCUUACAGAUGCUAUUGCUCUGUACGAGCUCUAGAGACCUUUGUCAGAGAUGUCGCAGGUCUUGACAUCCGCCAAAGACGCAACAACGUCAGCUUCAGAAACUUGAGCACACGAUCAGCAGCGCUGCAGAUGCGCCACUCGUCGCCGCUGUCUCGUCCUUCGCAAGCACAUGGUAUCGCUAGCUCUGUCGACGAUGCUUUUGUGCCGUUUGAGACCUCGACGAGCACGAUUACCACACAUGACAACACAUCCAAGCCUUCGCCCUCGACGCACUCGAACGAUAUCCUAGAAUCACCCGCACCUUUCGAUCCAAACGAAGAGCCAAUAAGUGCAGAAGAUUUUGAGCCAGAGAUAGUCAUUCACGAAGAUCAAGUCCACACCAUACCCGACCCGAUAGUAAGAGAAGCACGGAUACAGCAAUUAGAUCUCAGAGACAGGGACAAUGCGAUCGAUGCCAUAUUCUUCCCGGACUUGCUGGCAAAGCCGAAGAAGAUCAAGGCUGGUGAGAUAGGGUCGUUGAGUCAAAGGCUCAAUAUCUUCUCUGCGCAGACGCCCAUGCAGCAGCAAUAUCCUGGUAAAAAUGCAAGAAAGAAGGCGAGAAGAGCUGCUCAGAAUGCAGCACAAGCUAGCGAAGCAGACAUGACCGUCUCAGAAGAAACGACUGGAGACCUGGAGACCGCAACAACAUCCUCAGCAAAGGCUGCCUCAAAAGCAAGAGCAAAAGCAGACAGAAAAGCAAAGAGAGCAGCACUAGCCUUCGAGGUCCAAACAGCGAUUCUCGAACAAGCCGCUCGGGACCAAGAAACCGCCGACGUCGCCUCCUUGAUCGCAUCGGCAACGGGACCCAAACCCAUCUCAAAAGCAAAAGCUGACAAAAUCGCCCUUGCAAUCAAAACCAGAAAAGCAGAAGAAAAAGCCGCGAAGAAAGCCGCAGCUGAGAAGCUGGUUCAAGAGCAGCAAGCAGCUAAACAAGCACAAAAAGAGCGCAAUCGCAAUCUAGAUAACUGGAAGGUGCAAAAAGCAGCCUUGGAAGACAAAUUCGGAGAGCAGAAUUGGAAUCCUAGAAAGAGAAUCUCCCCGGAUGCAUUGGCUGGUAUCAGAGCUCUACACGCCAAAUCACCAGAAACAUUCAGCACAGCCGUCUUGGCCGAGCAUUUCAAAAUCACUCCAGAAGCCGUACGACGAAUCCUGAAGAGUAAAUGGCAGCCCAGCGAGGAGGAGGCCGAGGAAAGAAGAGAAAGAUGGGAGAAGAGAGGCGAAAAGAAAUGGACAGAGAUGGCCGAGCAGGGUCUCAAGCCGCCAAAGAAGUGGAGAGAUAGAGGUGUAGGCAAGGCUGGUCCAGGAGAAGUGCCCGUGUGGAAACAACCUGGAAGGGUUGGCGAGCGCUGGAUCGAGAGCACGGAUGCUGAUAGGUUCAUCAUGGCUGGUGAGCAGAUGGCCGACGAAGAGUACGAGGAGUAUUCCGAGGAGGAGAGCAUCGCAUCCAGAAUCCUGUAG